CAAAAUAGGUACCUAAUCCAAAUUUGAAACUGAUACAGUGUUCGUUUGAUUCGAUAGGUGUGAAAAAAAAGCUAUGGAUGAUGUAAAAGGGAAGGAGGUGCAUGUGAAAAUUGCCCCAGAUGAUCAUCAUGAAUCGAAAGCGCAUUCUGAAGAGCAGGAACCUACAUCUGUUAAAGAUCCCGCGGAGAGAGAUGAGACACCUCCUGUAGAAGAAGUAGUAGUUUCUGGAGAUGAACCAGACUUGGCUGCAACUAGAGGCGGUAAUUCAUAUGCAGCCAAAAAAACUGUGGCUCAAGGAAUGAUGGACAUCGCUCUCAUCACUUCAAAUGCCAACCAACUUCGAUACAUGAUGGAGUACGCAUCCGAAUCAAGAACUUACUAUGUAAAUUUAUUUCUAAUAUCGGUCUCACUGAUACUACAAGUUGCUGUAGGAAUUUCAUUACUUUUCAAAGGAAGAUACCAAAUGAAAGGUGAUCCAAAGCACAAAAACGUUUCUAGAAUUAAUAGUUUUUCUGUGAUUGGUGUGUUUCUUGUGACCCUGAUCAACGUCUUCAUAGCUAGCUUUACAAUGAGUUCAAAACCAGUGGCUCCUAAACCACAAGCGAAAUAUCAACCUACAUGAAUAUAAAAUUGAAAUUUUAAUUUGAAUCAAAAUGAAAAGAUUGACGAUAGAUUGUUUACCUUCGAAUGGACAUAAGUUAUUUUGUGUUAAGGUUCAGAAAUACAUUUUCAAUGAAAAAGA